CCCGGCCCUCACACUGAAGAGCGGGGCAUCUGAGUCGGAUGUUCCCACCAUGGAGACAGCAUCACAGUCCCCCUCGCGUCGUGCCUUCGCCGGGCAUCCAGUCCCUCCCCUCCGUCUCCUCGCCAUCACCGCCUCGUCGUCGGUCUCCCCCGCCCCCCUCUGCCGUUCUUCCUGGCACUUUGCACGGCCAUGGACAUGCUGUGUCCUGCAUGCGGGGCAGUUCGACCUGGCUGCGCCUGCCAGUGCCUGCUGGGGCUGAUAUCAACCGGGGAUGCGCGAUUGGUGGACUUCGCCCCGCGGCAGGGCCCUCUUCGCAGCCUCCGGGCCUCGGCCACACCGCUAGCCUCCUUGCAGCAGUACCUCUGGCUGAUGACAGACUUCCUGGCGGCCACAUUGCGCAGCACUCUCGGUCCUCACCUGGCAGCGAGGGCCCCCGCUCCCCCGGCAAUGCCGGUCCGUGGAUCGGCAUCGCGGAUCCGUGUCCGCUUCGGGCCGGGGCUUGAGGCGCACUGGACGCCAGAUGAUGUGCGCUCCAUUCCCCAGGGACUGGCCUUUGCCGAGGUGCUGGCAUCUUUGUCCGGAUGCGCUGGCGACUUGUCCCCGGCCGGGCCGCCCGGUGUAGGGGUCAUCACCCACUCCCUCUCGUUGAUACUUGGCAUCAACGGCGCCCUGUGUCGUUUCGCGGCCAGCGGGGCCGGCGAUGCACACCAACAUCUGCGCCAUGCGUUAGCCCUUGCCGAGGAGCUCAUGCCUUUUGCUCGCCUGCAGGCCCGCUGGCCCCAGGAAUCGCCGGCGGAUUUCAUGGCAACCAUCGAGAGUGGCUUGGCAGCGGCACUGGUGGCCUGGCGCUGUCGGAUUCUCCUGUCAAAUGCCGCGUCCCCGGGCCUGGAUGAUGUUGAUGACCUCUUUGACACCAUGGCCGAGCUAUGUGGCAUGGCCUCGGCGGGGCUCUUCGGCCAGCCUGACGGACAGGGGGCUCCCAGCCUGACUCCUUCGCCGGGCGAAGCCCCCAUGGCUGUUGACGUCAAUCGGGCAUCUGGCCGCCAGCCGGGGCCCAGCGACCCGGUCGCAUGUCAAGCCGAGCACAGUGACGAUCGGGAGGCCGGGGUUGCUGCGGUCCUCCGGCUCUUCCACCAGUUGCAUGUGGGCAUCCGUGCCGCCGGCCAGCCAGGCGACCCGGGCUUCCUUUUGUUCCGAGCCCGGAUCCUUCCCCUACUGGGGUGGGUUCUCUUUGCAGCGCAGCAUGGUCGACUUGUGGCCGUGGUAUCUGGCGGCUCCACCGGGCCCGAUGGGCCACUUAUCAGAGCCUUGCGCAUUUUGUCAGGCCACCCGGGCGCCAGUAGGCCACCUGCGCCGGGGCUUGUCCGGUACUGCCGACACUCGCCACUGGCAUCGGGCGGUGUGUUGGCGCCAAUCAUCGGGUUUCCAACAGCCGGCUUUUUCAACAUGGCAUUCAAUGAUCUGCUGGGGUUCCUGCUGGCCGGGACGACCGGGCGCCCAACGGCCACGGCGCACAGCCUGCUACGGUCUUUCCUCGAGCAUUCCUUCCCCCUACAGGCAUCUCGCGUGCACCGGCCGGGGAUCCUCUACUGGUGUGCGGUAUAUGUGGCCCUGGUGGGCAUGGAUUCCGAGUCCGGGACCCCGGCUGGCAUCCCGGCCUUUGAGCAGGCGGUCGCCCGGCGCCUGGGAAUCUUCAAGCCGACGCGCUCGGCCGAGGCCUUCCUCUUGGCCAUCAUUCACUUCAAUCUAGCCCGGAUCGAGCUGAACGCCGGUGACCGAGACGAAUCCGAACGGAGGUAUCUCCUGCUUUUGGACUUGGCUCAAAAGUGGGACCUCCGCCUGCCGCCGAGCAUGGUCAACGGCAUGUGGGGGCUCUUUUCCGCCUCCCAGCCCUCAGCCUCCUCUCCACAGUUUCCAUGUCCCAAGCCGAGCCCCCUUUUCGGGGUCGACUUCUUCCCGGUCGAAUGGGGGGCCCCCUCGCCCGGCGCCUCGCAGCUGGUUCGUCUGGCUGGCGUGGCCGCCGAUCCGGGGGAGGACCUGCUGGCCGCGGCUGGACACCAAGCCCUGGAGGCCGGGGAAUCGCUGGAAGCCAUGCACUUGUUCGAUCGAGCAUUGGUGCGGCUGCGCCGGCGUCUGGGGCUGCGCUUUGACUUCGGCCGCAGCGCGCCCGGUGAGUGGCUACGGUCUUGGGUGACCCUUGUUCCCAGCCAUGGUGCCGUGCUCCCCUCGCUGGCGCACCUGCUACCGGAGGUCGUGUGGUCUGUUCCCCCAUCAUCCAGCAUGAGGGAGGGCGACUCCCGACGGCAGGUCAGCCAGCUGGAGCUUCAUCGCAUGCAUGCAUUGGUCAAAAUGUAUGCUGCUGCUGCUCCUGGAGGCGACAUGGGUGCACGUCUGAAGCUGGCCUUGGUGCAGUCCGCCGCACGGGCCCUGGCAGCCAUGUGGCCCUGGGUGGCUCACCUCCGCGACCCGGCGGCCGAUGGUGCCGGGAUCCCGGCCGACCAGGCUCCCGAGUUGCUGCAGCAUGCGGCCACGCUGGAUGCGGUGACACACUUCGCUCGAGUGGCCGAGGAUUUCCUCGGGAAUCUGGCCCUGGCCACGAGCGUCCUUGAACUGGGGUUCUCCUACUUCUCGGGGGCUGUCUUUUCCGGCCAGGCCGAAGUUCUGGCGCAGCUUCAUGGGUCGUCCGGGAGGCCCUGCGGGAGGCCUCGCACGUCGGCCCCGGCCCAUGACCCCCCGAUCGGCAGACCGUUGCCGCCCUGGCCGCUGGGUGCCAAUCGCUCCUCGGUGUCCUUCCUUUUGGCCUUCUUCCUGGGGCAGAUCCAAAGGCAGCGUCCGGUCUUGCCGCCAUCGUGGCGAUGGUGGCGCGAGCCGCUGCAAAAUGGCCUGCAACACCUCCCGGAGCAGGCACGCCGAGAGGCCAUGCCAGUCUUCGAGUACCUCGGACGACAUUUCGACCCCGGGGCGUCCGAUUCAAACCCCCAGCGGGAUUCUUCCUGACAUGGGAGCGCUCGACCCCGGCAGAGUCCAUGCCCUAGUCGGGUGGAUUUUUCCCCGCCGCGAUCGGAUUGGUAAAAAUACAGCCAAAGGAGUGGGA